UUCUACGCACGAUUGAACGACACAGCAUUACUUUACUCUUUUCACCUUUUUUUUUGUGUACGUGAAGUAGAACUCGAGCUGCAAACAGUAAACAAAAAGAUUUUUGUUUCAGCGAGGGUUUUUGAACACCAAGGAGCUUUCUGGUCCCACUAGCUUUAAACCUGUAUCUUGAAACGUGACUAAUUUUUCCACACUCAUCCACUCAAUGGAGUCUCACGGUGCAGACAUCAACACUAGCCCAGAUUUCCUGGACUCUCUUAUGCGCUGCGGUCUUUACCUCGGCGCUUUCUUUCAACUCAUUUGUCUGGCUGCGGUUGUAAUGGCUCCAGACCGUUCAGGAGAUUCAUCUGUUCAGGGCAAGGACUUGGAUGGGAGUGACGACGAGGUAUCGGAUCACAGUACACCUCAAGCUACACCUCGUCGCCCUCCUCAUGGCCACCAUCGUCAAAGAAGACAGGAAAAGAAAAAGCGGCGUUAACAGUUUUUCCAAAACACAUGUUGUGCUGGAAUGUUUAAGCUACAAGUUUCCAGCAUUUUUUGUAUAGGUUCUUUUGAUUUAUUGUGAUAUUUUUCUUUCAAAUACUUCUCUUGUUCAUACUAUUUAUUUGUGUUAAUUUAUUCCAAUAAUUAUGUGCAUUCCCUGUAUCGUAAGUUUUCUUUGUUUUUGUUUUGAUAAUAAAAUCUUAUGAAUAGAA